CUCCUUAAUUUCCAUUACACAUACACAGAGCUAGCUAGAGACAGCGAGAGAAGAAUGGCUUGUGUGGUUGUACUUUCUCUUAUGAGGACGCUAGAGCUUGAGUUCUUGCAACCUCUCCCUCGUCCAAUUCUACAACAAAACCAACUCAUCCCUUGCAACAAAGACUUGGUCCUAUCUCUCCACAACAAGCUUGGAUCCCUGAUGGAACUCUUCGAUGAGAAUAGAAUGGAUGGUGUUGAAGCAAUUAAACACUUGGAAACAAAGCUCAGAGAUGUAGCUUCCAGGAUUGAAGAUGAAAUUGAACUCCAAGUACUACAUCUUUAUGAAGAAGAAGAAGAAGAAGAAGAAGAAGUAGUGGAAAACAAUAUUUUUGGCAGGUUUGUGGAUCAGACAUUUCAGCCACCGGAGGAGGAGGAGGAGGAGGGGGAGGAAGAAGAAGAAGAAGAAGAAGAAGAAGAAGAUGAAGAAGAAGAAGAAGAAGAAGAAGAAAUGCCACAGGGUGAGAAAAGUACUCAUCAUUGUCAGAGGCUUCAUCAAAUUUUGCAUCCGCUAAGGGGAAAAUCACAUCCUUGUCUCAAAUUCCGUCGUAUUUUGCACCAAGCUCUACAACACAUUGAUGCCAUCACUCAAGAGUUGGUGAAAGCCAAGGAGGAGUACCAGCUUUUCAAACAUAAUCAUCUACAAGAAGGGACAAAGCAGCCUGCCUCCCUUCAUGUUUUACCAAUACCUACUGAAGAAGUUAUCACCAUGCCAGAUUCUUCCCACCAUGCUUCAUGCUCCAAAGAAAUAAUGGUAGGAAAACAGGAUGAGUUCGAGAUUAUAAAGGAGAUGCUAAUCCAACAUCCAUCUAAGCAAUUAGAAAUUGUCUCCAUUAAAGGUACGGGAGGUAUUGGUAAGACAACAUUAGCAAAGAAAAUUUAUGAAGAUCCAUCAAUCACUUCCUACUUUGAUAAGCGAGCAUGGACUGUCGCAUCACAACAUCACAGUAAGGCUCAAAUGCUCUUAGAUCUUCUUGGUUCCAAACACAGUGCGGACAAAGAUGAGGACCUAACAUUACGACUCUACCAAAGUUUCAAGCGUCGAAGGUACUUGGUUGUGAUUGAUGACUUAUGGAGUGUAGAGGCAUGGGAUGCUCUCAAAACUUGCUUUCCCGAUGAUGGAUAUGGUAGUCGAGUAUUGUUGACUACUCGCAUUGGUGAGGUGGCUAAUCAUAUAUGCACCCAAAAUGACUUUUCUCAUCAAAUGCAAUUGUUAGAACAAAGUGAGAGUUGGAAACUAUUUAAUGAAAAGGCAUGUAAAUCUCGUGGUGCUGGAUUUGAAACAAUUGGGAGACCGGUAGUUGAAAAAUGCAAAGGACUACCUUUGGCAAUUAUUGUGGUUGCAGGCCUUUUUUCCAAACUCAACACUCUAGAUGAGUGGAAGAAUACUGCCAAUGCUCUAAGUUCUUCAGCAACUACUCUAGAUGAUGAAGAAUGUUCGAGAAUACUCUCACUGAGUUACAAUCAUUUGCCCCACAACUUGAAAGCUUGCUUCUUAUACUUGGGAGUUUUUCCAGAAGAUCACAAGAUCAAUGCUAAUGAACUUGCAAAGUUAUGGCUUGGGGAAGGACUCGUAAAGGCGUUUGAGAAUGAAAACUUUGAUGCAGUGGCUAACAGGUUUCGGAAUCUAAGGAAAGCCCGGAAUCUAAGGACAGCUCCGAAUAUGAUGAAAGCCCGGAAUCUGAGGAAUGCCUAAGUGAAGAAGAGCCAAAAGUGGAUAACUGAUAAUUGAUAUCUUAUAUUCACUUUUAGGCAGAAGACAACAGUGGUAUGUUUUCAAAAACACAGAAUUGUAAUUACAUACAUACAUGACUGUAUCUGCAGUUUUAUUCAUGCAUUUGUCACAGGACAGGCAACAACAUUAUUUUACAAGAAGAAGAUGUUUUAAUUACAUACAUUAUUUUCAGUGUUGUCGCAAAA